AUACUUGAAAAUUCAAAUUUGUGUUUGAAUAAAUAUUCCAAAAAAAAAUUCUGUAAUGACAUAUCCAUAGAAUUAUUUUUAGAAAAACCAGCUUGAUAAUUAAAAUUCAGCUAACAAGGGAAGGUCCCUAGGUGUGUUCCGGGGAUUCUUAAUAUUAUCAUGCCAACUUACUACAACUAGGCCCCUGAUGUCAACUAUGGAAGAAUUAUCUGCUGAGGCUGCAUUUCUUGGGGACUAGGGCAAAACACUGUUCCACUGGAGUAUAGGGAAUACAUGAAAAUUGAUACAUAUGGGGCUAAAAUAGUGAUCACGUAGCUUCUGCAUGAUAACUUAUUGCUCAAAAACUAUGUGAUCACUAUUUUAGCCCCAUAUGUAUCAAUUUUCAUGUAUUCCCUAUACUCCAGUGGAACAGUGUUUUGCCCUAGUCCCCAAGAAAUGCAGCCUCAGCAGAUAAUUCUUCCAUAGUUGACAUCAGGGGCCUAGUUGUAGUAAGUUGGCAUGAUAAUAUUAAGAAUCCCUGGAACACACCUAGGGACCUUCCCUUGUAAGAAAGGUGAAUGAAACGUUGAAAAUUGCAAAGAAAGAAAUUUGUUUGAAAAAAAUUUCUUCUUUUCUCUGAAUUAUUUUUCCCUAAAUAAAUAUUUUCUUUUAUUCAUCUAUUUUCUUUGAUACAAUUUGUUCAGCUCUUUCAGAAGAUUUUUCAAUAAAAAUUAAUUAGAAAACUUAUAGUCUAAAAUGAUUAAUAUUGAAGUUUUAAACAAAAAUAUUUUAACAAUAUCACAAUCCAUGUUCCACAUAAAAAUUAAUAAAGAUCAUUCCUAAAAUUAACGUUAACAAACAUUUCUAAAUGUCGCUUUUAUGAAAAAUUUCUUUGAAGAAACUUUAUUUUUUUUCUACGAAUAUGCCAAUUAACAAUUUCAUCUCGUUUCGUUUACAGUUCUUCUCUAGUAUUCUUUAUCUUUUUCUUGUUUUAGCUCUUUCAUUCAAUCAACCGAAGUUUUGUACAACAGCCACUUGGCAUUCCAAUGGAAUUACCAUUGCUAAUCAAUCGAUGGUUGGUAAAUUUCCUACAGCCAUUUUUGUGAACACAAACAACACAAUUUACGCCGUUAAUAAAGAGAAUAAUACAAUUGUAAUGUGGCAAGAAGAGAGUGUCAUUCCAACAAAGAUCAUUCAUGUUAAUUUUACAAGACCGUCGUCUCUCUUCGUGACAUUAAAUGGUGAUAUUUAUAUUGAUGAUGGAUCUAUGAAUAAUCGAGUACAGAAAUGGAUAGCACAAACAAAUACCUUUGUUACAGUGAUGAAUGUCAGUUCAGAAUGUGCUGGUUUAUUUGUCGAUAUCAAUGAUACUCUUUACUGUUCAAUGCAUUAUCAUCAUCAAGUAGUGAAAAGAUCAUUAAAUGAUGCUGUGAUGACUUCAAAUCGUGUUGCUGCUGGAACGGGUAAUGAAGGAUCAGCUUCGAAUCACCUUAAUUUUCCUAGCGGAAUCUUUGUCGAUGUGAAUUUGGAUUUAUAUGUGGCAGAUAGUAAAAAUAAUCGAGUUCAAUUGUUCCAAUCAGGAGAAUCGAAUGGUAUCACAGUGGCCGGAAAUAAAUUACUUAAUCCAACAAUUACACUUGAUUGGCCAAGUGGAAUUAUUUUAGAUGCUGAGAAAUAUUUAUUCAUUGUAGAUCAAUACAAUCAUCGCAUUGUUGGUUCAAGCUUGAAUGGCUUUCGAUGUUUAGUUGGAUGUUAUAGAGAAGGUUCACAAUCCAAUCAAUUGAAUCAGCCAUUUAGUUUUAGUUUUGAUCGUUCUGGAAACAUGUUUGUUACUGAUCAAGGAAAUGAUCGAAUUCAAAAAUUUAAAUAUGUAAAAAGAUAUUGUAGUAAGUUGAAGUAUAAUCUAAUAAGAUGAUGAGAUGUGAUUGUUGAUGAUGAGAAACUGUAUAGUUUUCGUUAGAAGAAACUGAGGUUUAAAGCAAAAGAAAAAACUGCACAUGAAACUUGUUUGAUCGAAAAACAAUAAAAUUGAGUAAAUGAAAUAAUUGAUUAAUUGGAGAAUUUCAAUAUAAAACUCCGUAGUAAAUUCAUUAAAAAUAUGAAAUGUCAAUUAAUUAUAGAUAUUCUUCGUUUAUACAUUCUCACUCUCAAGAUGCGAAGAUAACUAUCACAUCAAAAACAUCAUCAAAGAUUUUAUUUGUUAUUCAAUAAAAAAACAGAACUGCGUAGAUGUUACCUAAGACUAACUGAUCAACGUGAAUAAUAUUAUGCUUUAUUUGAUUGAUUGUGAAAAAAAUCCUUAGUUAAAUCUAAUCGGGAGACGGCCAGUUGCUCGCAGGACAGUUGCUCGUGGGACAGUUGCGCGCGGACAUUUGCUCACCGGACAGUUGCUCGCUAGGGUAAUUGCUCACUAGGACAUUUGCUCGCGUGGACAGUUACUCGUAUGGACACAUGCUCGUCGGACACUUGCUCGCUAGGACACUUGCUCGCCAGGGUAUUAGUGUGAGUGUUAGCGUGGGUGAGAGUGCAGGUGUAGAUGUGGGCGUGGGUGCGGGUGUGGAUGUCAGUGUGGGUGAGGGUGCAGGUGUGGAUGUUAGUGUGGGUGAGGGUGCAGGUGUGAAUGUUAGUGUGAGUGAGGGUGCAGGUGUGAAUGUCAGUGUGGGUGAGGGUGCAGGUGUGAAUGUUAGUGUGGGUGA